AUGCCUUCGUACUUGAUCACGGGAGCCUCUCGGGGCCUGAGUUGGGAAUUUCUCCGCCAGAGAUCAAGCGAUCCGAAGAAUACGGUCAUUGGACUCGUUCGCGAUAAGCCUGCAACCGAAAAGAGGGCAGACAUAACCGACUACAACAGCUUACAGGUGGAGAUUCGCAUUUUCCAGCACGGAGACGCUUACCGUGUGGCUAAUGAUCCCCCGGCAGCAUCAGCUCAGACCGCGCUCAUCACCGGUGGAGGUCUCGACUACCUCAUCGCUAAUGCAGGCUACGUGUCGAAAUUCGAUGCAUAUGAUGGAAUUGGUGUUCUGGGCGAGCAACCCCAAGCGCUGGAAGAAGACCUCACACACUGCUUUCGAGUCAACGUCCUGGGUAACAUCCACCUGUUCAACGUGUUUCUGCUCCUAAUCCUCCAGGGCGAGGCCAAGAAGGUCAUCGCUCUCUCUACCGGUCUGGCAAAUCUGAGCCUUAUCCCGAAGUAUAAUGUGGAGGUCGCGUCGCUGUAUGCCAUCAGCAAGGCGGGGUUGAACACCGCGGUGGCCAGGUCCAGUGCACAGUAUGCCAAACAUGGGGUGUUGUUGAUGAGCAUCUGUCCCGGCAUGGUGAAAACCGGCCAUUUCACAGACGCGACUCCCGAGCAAAUGCGAGGCCUGGCAGGCAUGCUCACGGCUUUUCGCGAGUACGCCCCGCACUUCCGCGGCCCCAGUACCCCCGAAGCAGCCGUGCGAGACGUGCUCUCAGUGAUGCACAGAGCUAGUGUUCAGAACGGAAACGGCGGCACCUUCGUCUCGCAUUAUGGAACUCAGCAGUUUCUGUGA